AUGAAACUAGUGGAGAAGACGGAGGACAAGUUUACGACUACGGAGGAGGAGGAGGACGGACAAAUUGCCUGCCGUACGAUCGAUGUUGCGACUGUUGACAGAGACGACUUUCCGGCACCAGAAGGUGAACCUGAUGCGUUUCGUGUGGUCUCCGGCGAUGAACUUAACCUAAUUCCGCCGCUCAAUUUCUCUAUGGUCGAUAAUGGUAUUUUCCGGUCUGGAUUCCCUGAUUCCGGUAACUUCUCCUUUCUCCAGACUCUCGGACUUCGCUCAAUCAUAUAUUUGUGCCCGGAACCCUACCCGGAGAGUAAUAUCCAGUUCCUCAAAUCUAAUGGAAUCAAGCUUUUCCAGUUUGGCAUUGAAGGCAAUAAGGAGCCAUUUGUGAAUAUUCCAGACCAUAAAAUCCGCAAAGCACUCAAAGUCCUUCUAGAUGAGAAAAACCAUCCGGUUCUGAUUCAUUGUAAGCGAGGCAAGCAUAGGACUGGUUGUCUUGUUGGAUGCUUGAGAAAACUCCAGAAAUGGUGUUUGACAUCGAUAUUUGAUGAGUACCAGCGAUUCGCAGCAGCCAAAGCUAGAGUUUCAGAUCAAAGAUUCAUGGAGAUAUUCGAUGUUUCCAGUUUCAGUCAUAUUCCUAUGACUUUCUCUUGUUCCAACAGAUAG